UGUUUUUGUCUGUGUGUUUUCUGUAAGCUAGAGUAUAUCUCAUCUGUUUAUCACUGUGUUCUUCAAAGAAAAUUGAUCAUGGAAAUGACAAAAUUACGCAAAGAUUAUGAACAUAUAUUGGAAAUAUCGGUAUACCGACGAGUAGCUGUCACACUAUGUACUUCGGCUCCAGAAUCUACUGUUCAUGAUUUCAUGAAAGAGAUAUCACACGAGCUGUAUGAUAUCACUAAGGAAGUUAAAUAUCAACAGCUCCCAUACAAUGAAGUCGAGAAAUUCAACUUCAAAGACAAGGAAAUAGACGCCAUGAUACUCUGUCAUUCUAUUCAAAACAGAGGGUUUGCCCUCACAGAUGUGAAGGAUGCAUUAUAUACAAGGUUCCUUCCUAUAGCUGUAAGGGAGCUAGGUAAAUCAAAAGUUGGGGUGAUCGUGCAUGAUUUGCCGACAGAGACGAUCCUCGAUGACAAUGAAUACGAAGUAAAGAUGGAAUCAUUUCGUCGUCAACAGCCAACCACUUUUAAGAAUGCUUCAAUGGUUUUUAUCAGCGGUCAACUGUCUAACUCUCCCAGUCAACUUGGGCCUGGUAACUGGACUGAACUUCAAACUUUUAUCGCAAAGGCAUCUAGAUUCUCAGAAGCACCACCAUAUAAAGCUCUUCGGAAGGUUCUUCUACCAGCAGUUAUAGUCUUUCUAGUUUUACUUUCACUGAUUCUCCUCUUCAGCAUUGUAUUGUCCUGAAAACUGAUGAUAGGUUCUUUAACUUUUACGUGGAUUCUUGCUUGACACUUUAGUUGAUUGAUGCUUGUAAAUUGAUAUUACGUCAUGUCCGAUGAAUGGUAAAAUAUUUACCAUGACUGGCUCUAAAUAAAUAGUUUCAUCUAUAACAUAUAUCUGCAUGAUAGUUUUUUACUAUCGAUGACUUAAAUUGCACUUUAUUAAUUCAUAGGCCUAUUUUAAUGCAUACAUUUCAUGCAACAAGGAAGUGUUCUUCUGUUUUGGCUAAGUUCUUGAAAAACGAUAACUUAAUUAAACAAUAAACUUCUUGAAAACGAUACUUCAUCAUUCCCCCAUCUUAACUCGAGAUGAUGCUUUAUCGACAACAAGCUUAGAUCUGAGGUGCUGACUUAUAUUGUUCUAUUAUAUUUGAGUAGAUCCAAUGCCAAUUCACCAACAUAUCAAACUGAACUGAUGGUUACCACCUGAGAUAAGGUAAACAUGUGAAACUACACUCCUACACACCUCUUGGAGGACCAAUCCAUUUGGAGUGAACUAAAAGCCUAAAAAGUGCAUUAUAACACCUUCUGGAGUAAACGCCACUGUCAAAAGAUACAAAUCACACUCCAAAAAGAUGAGCCCCUCGCUUGCACUCCGACAGGAGUGAGUCUUACGGAGACAUGAUUUUGCUCUUCUGCAUGUAGAUGUGUAUCUGAGAGAUAAGGGACAACCCAAACUUAAAAUUGGAAGCAAAUCACUCAGUCCAUCCCCUUCCUCAGCUUUAAUUCAUCACACAGUGAAGGAGGGGUGAGGGGAUAGCGGCCUUGUUGCUCUUUUAUGGAGUGAAACGCCACAAUGAAAACCGGAUAAUUUAUACCUGUAUGAUUUCGGAUCAUUUUAAGAGAAUAAAAAUUGAGGAUUAAUGAAAUGAUUUAAGGGAAUUCACGUUGAAUAUGAGUUUAGCCACGUGAACCUUUUCUAACAGAACAAUAAUUCCCCAAAUUCAUCUUAACUCUAAUUCCCCUUAACUCUGAAAUAAUCUACCUCAAAAUAUGAAACAAGCAGAUUCAAUAGACAGAUUCAAGUCCAUGUUAAAAACCUCUUUUUUCGUUAAAUGGCCCUUUCCCUUAUAGUCGUGUUAUCAUUUUAGUCCCUCAACUGUCUCACAGUCUCCCAGGGGCCCAGUCAAAUGUAUUGCUGUACACACGCAUGGCCAAAUUAUUUCCAAACACCCCCUAAACGAGUUUUUCUCUGUGUGCAAAAGAACCCCCUAAACAAGUUUUUCGCGGGCUUUAUUUACACAUUUACUGUUCAUAAAUAUAAUCCUUUCAAUGAUUCAGGGCUGGAUCCAUGAUACUUUGAUCAGGGGACGGGAGACGAAAGAUGACCUGUAAGGCGAUUUCUUUUUCUCAAUGGACAUUUGAGUAUCAACACUACCAGACCUAGACCACUUUCUUUUAUUUCAAUUCAAUUAAUUGUAUUGCCAUAUUUAUCAUAAUCGUUAAAAACAUCAAAAUUGACAUCUGACUCUUAUACCUAAACAAAAGUGUAAAGAAUAGUGCAGAAUUCGAUUCUUUCUUUCUUCUUCUCGUCCCUGUUCCCCUGAUAACGCCAUGCACUGCAAUGAAUUAUUAUCAUGAUUAUCCCAUUUUACUUAUUUCAGUGCAGUCGGGCCGGUGUCGAGUUACAACGUGGGUGUGGUAUAUAUAUUCUUUUGUUGAGGAAAACUACUCUUUGAAUAAAUAAUAAAAGAAUGUUUUACUCACUUCUGGUUGUGACGUCAAGAAUCACACAGUUUUGAAUAAAUUAAAGGUAAAAGAAAGUAGUAAAUUCAAGGUUAAAUGUCACAACAUUAUCACAGAUCUGUAGAUCUAGUUCUGGUACAUUGAAAUGAACCUAUCUUUGUGAAAUCAUAGCUGAAAACUUAGCUUAGCUGAAAACCGAAAAUUCUGAUGCUCAUUAUUUAUCACUAACGCAAAAGGCAUAUGUCAGACAGUAUAUUGAUAUUGUUUUAAAAAAAUACCUGAUAUUUUAGGAAAUUCCUUGCUUACUUUGCUAAUUUCUCAGCUACUAUACACAUUUCUGCAGAGCCAUUUGGCACGUACGUUAUUUUAAUUCAUGUAUACCAACAAUUGGGUGGUAAUUUCAUUGGAUUUGUUCGAACUCAUUUUGAGAUCCAAAAGAUUUACACAAAAUGAUAUCACGAUCAUGGAGAAUGAUGUGUUUAGAUAGAAAUGGCGGAGGUGCUGGGUCUGAUUUGCUCUUUCAUUCUCCCUCUUUACCUUUUUUUUUUGGAAGGGGUGUCAUAUUUCUCUCUCUAUCGAUCUUGUUUUGAACAAUUAUUUGUUUUAGUCAUAACAGACUCUUUGUGAGUUUAAUCUAAUCAAUUGAUGGUCAUAAACAUCCGGCCAUCAUAACGAUUCUACUUAAUACCAGCAUAUUGUAACAUGGUAAAAUGCUGGUGAAUAAUUCAUUCCCUCUUUUCCUCAUUCUUGUUUGAUACAUGCAUAUACCUCUUGCGUUUUUGUCGUAUUGCCGUAAUAUUCAUUUUAUAUAUUCAUGCUCUUGUACAGUGGCGUAUCAGGCGGGGGGGGGGGGGGGCAGGGGGCAAGCUGCCCCUCUCGGAUUUAACCGGGAAAAUAAAAAAAAAGGGAAAAGGAAAAAUAAAAAGGGAGAAAGGGAAGGAAAGAAAGAAAUUAUA